AACAAAAUAUGAACCAAAUGAAUAUCCAUCUUCAUUACAAAGAUUAAUUGAAUGGACACCUGAUGAAUGUAUUCCGGAAUUUUAUACAGAUCAAAUCAUUGUCAUAUCAAUACAUCCAGAUAUGCCAGAUUUACAAUUACCAUCAAUUUAUAAGAUUUAUGCUGAAGCAUUGGAAAGUGAUUAUGUUUCAAGUAAUUUACAUUUAUGGAUAGAUCUUACUUUUGGAUGUGUUGAUGCUGAUGAGGCAAAAAUUGCACAAAAAAUGAUGAAUGCAGAAGUUGUUAAUGAUUUAAUUAUUGGAUCAGAAAAAACUAUAGGAAAAUAUCAAACAGUAAUUUCUCCUAAUAUAUCACAUUCACAAACACCAACUAUAGUUGAUCCUAAAGAUCAUCUUUCUCGUAUUGAAGCUUUAUCAACAUUAGUUAAUUAUUUAAUAUCAUUUGGUAAAUGUACAGGUAAAGAAGAUUAUAUUAUAGAACAUUUAAAUAAUUUUGAACAAGCUUAUACAUUUUCAGCAAAAUAUCUUCCACCUCAAUAUAAUAAAAUUUCAAAUAAAGUUAUUGAACAAUCAGUUGGAUCAUUAUCAUCUUCUUUAUCUAUAUCUAUGGAGAAUACUUUUGCUUAUGGAAGAUCUUGGGAUACUUAUUGUUUAGGUGAAAUUAUGAAAGUUAUUUAUUCAGUUUCAAAUAUUGAUGCUGAAUUAUCAUUGCUUUCCACACAUACAUCAGAAUCACCAUCAUCGGAAGAAGAAACUAAUCAAGCAGCUGACAAGUGUAAAAAUGCAUUGCCAUCUGUUGCUCAAUUAACAAAUUCUGCGUUAGUGGAAAUAUGGUUUAAUGUUAGUGUUAAAUCUAUGGAAUUCUUAUUACAUGUUUGUAAUAGUGCUAAUAAAUCUGAUUGGGAGAAACAUGCAACUCCUAUAUUACAAAAAUAUUUUGAGUCUUGUGGAAAAUCUCUGGAAAUUUUAGGUUUAGAAGAAAGUGAACGACUCAAAUUGGAGAACAACAGUGAAGCUGUAGAACAAGCAAUGAAUGGGACGCACGUUCCAACAUCAACUAUAACAUCUACCACUUCAACAAAUUUUAAUGUCAAAAUUAAAGGAACUCCUUAUGAAGAUUUACAAGGAAAUGGCAAUUCUUUACAAUUUACUUUUAAUGAUUUGAAAUUAAGGACAUUUUCAGCUGUUCGAUCCUUGGACAUAAGUGAACAUAAACGAUUACUAACUACGGGUCAAGAGAUCAAUAGAAAUUUAGAUAGUGAACCAUUUUCUGAAUGCCUCGGAACAUAUGGAGAACAUAGAAAAUCUACCGUAACUGAUAUUCAUUUUAUUAGUGGUGAUGCUAUUUUUAGCUUAUCAGAUACCUCUAUCACAUUUCUAGAUUCUAUUUCAUAUAAAACACUUUCAUGGAAAUCUUGUCCUGCACCUUCCGCAGUAAAUCCUGCUGAAACAUUGAUUGCAGUUGGAUUUUCUAGUGGAUCAAUUUCAUUGUUUGAAUCAAGAACUGGGAAAAUUGGAAAACUGGUGAAUUAG